UUCGUUCUGGGAGAGAUUCCAAGUGUCUACUCGCUGGAGCUCGAGAGGAAAGCGUUGAAUUGCGCAUUUUAGGCAGUGGGCAUUUGUGUUUUUAAGUGAAAUUCAAUUUUAUGAAAUCGAUGAAGAUUGGGAGAAACUUUCAUAUGGCUGCGUCAGGAAAUAUAUUGAAGCCCAGUUGCAUGUCUGGUUUCGUCAAAUGGCGGUCCAAACUUCACGGAUCUUCAUUACAGUGUCAAAUUUUGAAGCUAAAGCGUUCAAAUGUGUGUCCUUUGAUCUCUCUGAUAGAGAGCUCUUCUGUGUCGAAGAUCAAGAUGUUUUUGAUCGCGUCUACUCCUUGGUCCAUGGCUUCUGCAAUCUUUCUCCAGCUUGCAAGUGUAACAUUGUGGAAAGUCUUCGGUCCAACCUAAGUGUUCUUCUUCCAAAUGUCGAUUCCAUCUCUCGAGCUUCUCAAGAUCAGGAUGAUGAUGCUCCAAUCCUUGAUAGGAUCACCUCAUAUCGUAAUGCUUUGAAGAUUUACACUUUUUUUCUCUUCACUAUUGUUAUGGCCGAAGAAUCGAACAGCAGCUCAAUCGACAGCACAAAGGUCACGGCACGAGGGAGGAAAAAGCAAACCCUGCAGUCAUGGAAUUGGGAACCUCAGAGGGGUAGGAUACUGAAUGUAAUUGCAAAUUCGCUUGAGAUCAACCUAUCAUUGCUCUUUGGAUCAUCUAACCUAGAUGAAAACUACCUCGCUUUCAUUGCCAAAAACUCAUUCUCUCUCUUCGAGAAUGCCGCAGUCUUGAGAGACACAGAGGCAAAAGUUGCUUUGUGCCGUAUCAUAGGGGCGUGUGCCACAAAAUACCAUUACACUGUGCAAUCAUGCGCCUCAAUUAUGCACUUGAUUCACAAAUACGAUUUUGCUGUAGCACACAUUGCUGAUGCCAUUUCUAGAGCUGAAAGUAAGUAUUCUGAUGGUACCUUGGCUGUUUCUCUCGUCAGAGAGAUUGGAAGGACAGACCCGAAAGCCUUUGUGAAAGAUACAGUUGGAGCUGAGAAUGUUGGACGUUUCUUGGUUGAGCUUGCUGAUCGUUUGCCAAAGCUAAUGUCAACAAAUGUCGGAGUUUUGAUACCUCAUUUCGGCGGUGAAUCAUACAAGAUAAGAAAUGCUCUGGUUGGAGUUCUUGGAAAAUUAGUUGCAAAAGCAUUUAAUGACACUGAGGGUGAUGUGAGUUCUAAGUCCCUUCGUCUUCGAACUAAGCAAGCCAUGUUGGAAAUUUUGCUUGAACGAUGUAGAGAUGUUUCAGCCUAUACACGAAGUCGUGUUCUUCAGGUAUGGGCUGAACUAUGUGAAGAGCAUUCUGUCUCGAUUGGCCUAUGGAAUGAAGUUGCAUCAAUUUCUGCUGGAAGACUGGAAGAUAAGAGUGCGAUUGUUAGAAAACAUGCUUUGAACUUACUGAUCACGAUGUUGCAACAUAACCCUUUUGGUCCACAACUCCGGAUAGCAUCAUUUGAAGCAACCUUGAAGCAGUAUAAAAGAAAACUGAAUGAGCUUGAACCAAACAUUUCCACUGAUGAGACUUCAAAAGAUGUACCAUCAGAUGGUGAUUCUUGCAGUGGAGAUGGUGAAGUCGAUGACUUGCAUCCUUCUGUGACCAAUAAGAUGCAUCAAGAUAGCCUAACUGACAGCUGUCAAGAAGAGAAUGGUGACGAAAUUAAGGAGAACGGUGAAUCUGUUCCAGAUAUUGGAAACCUGGAGCAGACCAGGGCCUUGAUUGCUUCCCUCGAGGCCGGGUUGAGUUUUUCAAAGUGCAUGUCAGCUACUAUGCCUAUACUAGUUCAACUAAUGGCAUCUUCUUCUGCCAGUGACGUGGAGAACACUAUUCUCUUGUUGAUGAGGUGUAAGCAGUUUCAGAUUGAUGGCGCAGAAACCUCUCUCCGGAAAAUGCUGCCUCUAGCUUUUUCUCAGGAUAAGUCGAUCUAUGAGGCAGUGGAGAAUGCCUUCAUUUCAAUUUAUAUAAGUAAAAACCCAGUUGAAACGGCGAAACAGCUGGUGAAUCUCGCUACAGAUUCAAAUAUAGGGGAUCUAGCAGCAUUGGAAUACGUUGUCAGUGCCUUGGUGUCAAAAGGUGAUAUAUCUAGCAGCACUAUUUCAAGUCUCUGGGACUUCUUUUGCUUUAACAUUAAUGGAACAACUGCGCAGCAAAGUCGUGGUGCUUUAUCUAUUCUUUGCAUGGCUGCAAAAUCUUCCUCUGGGAUUCUUGGAUCUCAUAUACAGGAUAUAAUAGAUAUUGGAUUUGGUCGUUGGGCCAAAGUGGAACCUCUGCUUGCUAGAACAGCAUGCACUGCCAUUCAGCGCCUUUCCCAAGAGGACAGAAAGAAGCUGUUACUCAGCACUGGUAGUCGAGUGUUUGGUAUUCUUGAAAACUUGAUAACUGGAAACUGGCUUCCAGAAAACAUAUGGUAUGCUGCUGCAGAUAAAGCCAUAGGUGCCAUAUACAUGAUUCACCCAACUCCAGAAACUUUGGCUUCUAGUAUUGCUAAAAAGUCCCUGAACAUGGUAUUUGGUGAUUUCGGGCAAGAUGAAACGCAGAAUGAUGCCGACAAUAACAAUGUUGAUUUUCUGACAACAGUUCAAGCUGCCAAACUCAGUAGAUUCUUGUUUGUCGUAAGUCACAUCGCCAUGAACCAAUUGGUCUACAUAGAAUCCUGCAUCCAGAAGAUCAGAAAACAAAAGGCCAGAAAAGAAAAGGCAGCUGGUGAUAAUCAGAAUGCAGAUGACAACCUAGGACCUGCACAAGAGAAUAAUAGUAUAAAUGCUGAGCUAGGACUUGCUGCAUCUGAAGAUGCGCUGCUUGAUACACUCGCUGAAAGAACAGAGAGAGAAAUUGUUUCUGCUGGUUCCCGGGAGAAGAAUUUGAUUGGGGACUGUGCAACUUUCCUCUCAAAGCUUUGUAGAAAUUUUUCUCUGCUGCAAAAGCAUCCAGAACUACAAGCUUCUGCAAUGCUUGCAUUAUGCAGGUUUAUGAUCAUUGACGCUAACUUCUGUGAGUCCAACCUCCAGCUUCUCUUCACAGUUGUUGAAAAUGCACCAUCUGAAGUUGUCCGGUCAAAUUGCACAGUAUCCCUCGGAGAUUUGGCAGUUCGUUUUCCAAAUCUUUUAGAGCCUUGGACGGAAAAUAUGUAUGGAAGGUUACGAGAUGCUUCAGUUUCUGUCAGGAAGAAUGCAGUCCUGGUCCUUUCGCAUCUCAUUUUGAACGAUAUGAUGAAGGUAAAAGGCUAUAUCAACGAAAUGGCCAUAUGUAUAGAAGAUGACGAUGAAAGAAUCUCCAGUCUUGCUAAACUGUUUUUUCAUGAGUUGUCUAAGAAAGGGUCCAACCCCAUAUACAAUCUACUUCCUGACAUACUCGGGCAAUUAUCCAACCGGGAUUUGAAGAGGGAGUCCUUCCGUAACAUUAUGCAGUUCUUAAUUGGUUCCAUUAAGAAGGACAAACAGAUGGAGGCUUUGGUUGAAAAGCUUUGCAAUAGGUUUUGCGGAGUCACAGAUACAAAGCAGUGGGAAUACAUCUCAUAUUGUCUUUCGCUGCUGACAUUCACGGAAAAGGGAAUAAAAAAGCUCAUUGAGUCCUUCAAGACUUACGGGCAUGCCUUAGCAGAAGAUUCAGUGAUGGAAAACUUUAGAAGCAUAAUUAACAAGGGGAAGAAGUUUGCAAAACCGGAACUAAAAGCAUGCAUAGAUGAAUUUGAGGAGAAACUCAACAAGUUCCAUGCGGAAAAGAAAGAGCAAGAAGAAACUGAAAGAAACGCCCAGAUGCACAGAGAGAAAGCUGGUAAUAAGAUGGAAGGCGUAGCAAUCUCAGGCAAAGUGAAAGAAGAAAUUCCGGAAUAUGAUGAAGGUGAAGAUGUGUCAGAGAGCGAAGUUGCGGAUCCAUCCGAGGAAGAAUCGGAGGAAGAGGCAGUGUCUGACUCUGAGCAACAAGUGACCAGCAGCCAUCCUCCUUCAGAGAAACUCAAGACAAGGGGUGGAGGGGCCAAAGCCAAGGGCCAAGAGAAGCAAUCUGAAGUGAAAACAGUACGGAGUAGCCGUAGAAAUCUCAGGCACAGGUCCUGAAUAAGUUUGGACAAAGUGGGAGGGAAUCUACUUGUUGUCAUUAGAUUAUCCUUUUGUCUUUUACUAAUCAAUUCCACACUCUUUUCUCUACGCCAUGAGCUUCUUAGUAUUUGUAUAUUACAUUGUUUGUGUCUCCACCUAACCUAUUUUGUGUUGUAAAUCUACUUCUCCAAUUUGCUUCAA